CCAAGCCUGAAACCAGCGAGCUAGCUGUCGCCUGAGCCUCCCCUGAGCUCUGAAAGGGAAAACAGGAACCAGCGCGCAUGAUAUCAUAUUUAUUCAAUGUCGCUGCAUGCCUUGCUCGAUAGACUCAUGAUUACAUAAUUAACGCUGCCGGUUUUUGAAAUUUGCUAUGGAGCAGUGAAGCUGAUGUGAGCGACAGCCAAAGAAGCAUGAUGCCCAUGUUUGACAGCUAACAAAUGUUAUUCCUGAAAAGCUAACCCAGUUAGCUAUCCGGUGUAACAUUAGCAGUCGUGUAAUGUUAGUUGAUACGGUGGGGUACAUAGCCAACCACCGCUGUACAUUUCGCCUGAGUUGCAGUCAGUGUUAAAUUUCCGAAAAUAACGAUUUCUGUUUUUUUGUUUUUUGUUUUUUUUUUCUAUGCACAAAUCUCAGCCGUUAUGCGACGGAUGCAGCUGGCUACCAUUUUAGAACAAGUUAGCCAUCCCGACUAGUGAGCUGACUUGCUCGCUGAAACCGAAACCUGUAUUAUUCUGUGCGCUAGCAGAUACAUGUUAACUCGUCGUUGUGUUAUGUUGUAGUUGUAGGUAACGUUAACCUCGCUAACCUUAGCUGUCUGACUAAGUUAGUUGUAUGUUGCAUGGACACAAGGCGAGCAGGCAGACCAUGAACCACCGCUGCGGUAACAUUAGCCAGCAACACCUCAGCUAGCUGUUGAAGAGCCUGGCUAGUUAGCUAUCACAGGCUUGCUACUCAUAUUAAAUUGAGACUAAGCCAUCUGGGGGGAGACAUCUUAGCCAAACAUGGCAUCAGAGGAGGCGUCAUUACGUGCGCUGGAGAGUCUUAUGACUGAGUUCUUUCACAGCUGCACCACCAAUGAGCGCAAGAGAGAGAUAGAAGAGCUGCUGAAUAACUUUGCUCAGCAGACAGGAGCAUGGCGUCACUGCCUGUUCUUCCUCUCCAAUACUCGGAAUGAGUAUGUAAUGAUGUAUAGCCUGACAGUAUUUGAGAACCUGGUGAAUAAGAUGUGGCUGGGAGUGGCUUCACAAGACAAGAUGGAGAUCCGCAGCUGUCUGCCCAAGCUGCUUCUAGCCCAGCACAAAGCAAUGCCCUAUUUCAUCCGCAAUAAACUGUGCAAAGUCAUCGUAGACAUUGGUCGCCAGGAUUGGCCAAUGUUCUACCAUGACUUCUUUACAAACACCCUUCAGCUGAUCCAGUCCCCAGCCCUGGCCUCGUUAGGCUUGGUGUUGUUAAAAACCACAUCAGAGGAGCUUGCAUGCCCUCGAGAAGACUUAAGUGUGGCAAGGAAAGAUGAGUUGCGUAAACUGCUGCUGGAACAAGUGCCCACAGUGCUUGGACUAUUGACUGGUAUCUUGGAGACCUACGGGGACAAGCACAAUGUCAUAGCUUCUACCCCCCCUCCCUCACCCACCUCAGGAGAAAGUGUGGAAUUGCUGGGCAGUCUGUUUCAGGGCAGCCAGUACUCCAAGCUUCUUUCCCAGCCUGUGGCAACAUUGGACAAUGAGAGCCAGCAACUGUGCUGCCUCGUCUUGGAGUGUCUGGCCCACCUUUUCAGCUGGAUCCCACUGUCGACUAGCAUCACACCCACCCUGCUGGCAUCUAUUUUCCAUUUUGCUCGUUUUGGCUGUGACCUUCGGACAAAGGCCAAGACUGGAUCCUUCAUCUCCUCCUCCACCUCGUCCUCCUCUAAUGGUCAGCUGCAUCCAGGGACACUGGCACCAACAUCAAAUGGAGGAGGGCGAACCUUGCAACAGAGUGAGGGGAGCAAGGUGGAUCAGGCCCGUCUUGGCAUCAUGGCCAUGACCUGUGUCAAUGAACUGGUGUCAAAGAACUGUGUGCCAUUGGAUUUUGAGGAGUACCUGCUGCGCAUGUUCCAGCAGACAUUUUUUCUUCUGCAGAGGCUGACACGGGAGAAUAAUGCUCACACAGUCAAGAGUCGGUUACAGGAACUUGAUGAGAGUUACUUGGAGAAGUUCACAGACUUCCUGCGCCUGUUUGUCAGUGUUCACUUGAGGCGGAUUGAGUCCAGUCCUCAGUUUCCAAUUGUAGAGUUUUUAGCCCUGCUUUUCAAGUACACCUUCAACCAGCCAAACCAUGAAGGCUACUUUGCCUGUUUGGAUAUAUGGAGUGUCUUUUUGGAUUUUCUAACAACCAAAAUCAAAAGCAGACUAGCUGACCGAGAAAGUGUUCUAAAUAGGUACAAAGAUGCCUUAGUGCUUCUGUUAAGGGAAGUUCUGAAUCGAAUACAGUUUCGAUACAAUCAGGCCCAGUUGGAGGAGUUGGAUGAUGAGACUCUUGAUGAUGAUCAACAGACUGAGUGGCAGAGGUAUCUGCGUCAGAGUCUGGAGGUGGUUGCCAAGGUGAUGGAGCUGCUCCCAUCCCAUGCAUUCUCUACUUGGUAAGAGAUCUUUCCAGUCCUUCAGGAAAAUUUGGAUGUAUACCUGGGAUUGCAGCAGUUUAUCGUCACCACUGGCACAAGUCGGAGGCUGAACAUCACGGCAGAGAAUGAUUGCCGUCGACUGCACUGUUCCCUCAGAGACCUCAGCUCCCUCCUGCAAGCCGUCGGCCGCUUGGCUGAGUAUUUCAUCGGGGAAGUUUUUGCUGCACGUUUCAAUGAUGCCCUGGCAGUGGUGGAGAGGUUGGUUGAGGUCACUUGCUACGGCUCUCAGACCAGCCUUUAUGACCUAGAGACCGCCGUGCCUUCUGUGCUCAAGCCAGACCUCAUUGAUGUCCAUGCCCAAGCCCUUGCUGCUUUGCAGGCCUACUCUCAUUGGCUCGCACAGUUCUACAGUGAGGUCCACAGGCAAAACCAGAACCGGUUCAUCACCCUCAUCACAUCUGCAAUAGAUGCCAGUAGCCCACUCAUCACUGCCAAGGUACCUGAAAAGUUGCUGCUCUCAGCGUGCCAUCUGAUGGUUUCCAUAACCUCCACGGUGCGGCCCGUGUUCCUGGUCACUCUGCCUGCUGUGCAGAACAUCUUCAACCUCAUCACGCAGAACCAGACGCGCAGACUUCCUCAAGAGGCUCACAUGCUGGUGUGUAGGGCUUUAUCCAACAUGCUGCUGCUCCCAUGGCCCAACCUGCCAGAAAGUGAGCAGCAGUGGCAAACUCGCUCCAGCAACCACGCCAGCCUUCUGGCAGCACUCACCCGGGACUACCGGAUUUUGAGGGGCACAGCAAAUCUGCCCCCUCGGGGCCCAGACCUGGAUCAAAUGAAAACAGUGCUGCAGCAGACCCUGCCUGUGCUCAGAGACAUCGUGAACAGCAUCUCCGGGGAAUCCACCAAAUCACGUCAGAUCUGUUACCAGAGUCUUCAGGAGUCUGUCCAAGUGUCGCUCAGCCUCUUCCCAGUUUUUAUUCAGCAGCCAGAUGUGACAGACGAGAUGUUGGCCUUCUUCUUGACCCUGUUUCAAGCCUUGCGAGUCCAGAUGGGCGUUCCCUUCACAGGACAGAUUAUCCACACUUUCCUCAGCAUGUUCACCAGAGAACAGCUGGCGGCCAGUAUUCUGCAAGAGGGCAGCGCGGGCUGUCGAGUGGUACAGAAGUUCCUGAAAAUACUGCAGGUGGUGGUGCAAGAGCCUGGCCAAGCUUUCAAACCCUUCCUACCCAGCAUCCUCUCUCUCUGCAUGGAGCAGGUCUACCCCAUUGUGGCAGAGCGAUCUUCCCCAGAUGUCAAGGCAGAGAUGUUUGAGUUACUUUACCAAAUACUCCACCAAAACUGGAGGUACUUCUUCAAAACUUCAGUCUUGGCAAGUGUCCAGAAGAUAGCCUCGGAAGAUACCAUGGAGAACGAGGCCCAGUUCACAGCUGCCAUGCAGGCUUUUGGACAGUCGUUCCUGCAGCCGGAUAUCCACAUCUUCAAGCAGAACCUCUCCUACCUGGAGUCUCUCAACAGCAAGCACAAGUUGUACCACAGAAAGCUGUUUCGGACCUCCAUGUUGUUCCACUUCAUCAACGUGCUCCUGCAGGUGCUGCUUCACAAGAGCCAUGACCUCCUGCAGGAGGAAAUCACCCUAGCCAUCUACAACAUGGCCUCUGUUGACUUUGAUGCCUUCUACUCGGCCUUUAUGCCGGAGUUUCUCAACGGCUGCCAAGGGGUGGACACCAACCAGCGGGCUGUUCUCGCACGCAACUUCAAACUUGAACGGGACUUGCCAUCAUUCACUCAGAGUGUGCACAGGCUGGUGAAUGACCUCCGCUAUUACAGACUGUGUAAUAGCAGCCUGCCCACGGGCACCGUCAAACUAUAGCACAACGACUGACGGCUAGAACCACUCCACACGACAACUAUGAUCUUAAAGGAUUACUGUGCUGACCACUUUGCCCAACACUCCUGCUCCAAGCUCCAGCCUCGCUCCACCUAUUCAGAGGAAUAGGAAGGAACAAACACGGUGAAUUUUUGGUUGAGCUGCUGGAGGUUGAGGAUGCUGCUGAUGUUUCUGUUUGAUUUCUGCUGUAGAAGGUUGGCGCUUUGUUUUUGUUUUUUUUAAGCAGUGCCCUCCUUAAUCUGUUGCCAACGAUGACUUGGCGAAGGGUAAACCUGGUCUACAGUUGGCUCUGGCUCAGGCUUGGAGCAGUCUGAGCCGGGCCUUCUGUCCCACGCCUCUGCAGCAAAGCCGAGCUGGGACUGAGCACUUUUCAACUCAAUUUGAGUUUUUUAAAAUGUCUGCUUUUAUUCAUUUUGCCUUCAGUUUUUUCAUCUCCAAAGGAGACAGACUCUCAACUUAAUUUCUUUCAUAUCAUUCCAUUCUGAAACAGAAAAAAACAUGCUUGAUUAAUAAAGUGCUUUUUAUUAAAA